AUCAAGUAUUCAAAGUCACAGACUCUUCUCCCUACACCAAUUUCGCUCUAUCAGAAAUUGUCAUUAUCAUGCAGACUCGGCUCGCUCCACCGACGGACGCUCCGCCGCCCUACACUCAUCCGUCGUGUCUACCGAGGUUCUCUGCGUCCAGUGGUCAUCGUGAUCAGCUUGCUCGGACUCGUAUGGGCGGCAGCUGUCGGAGUCAGCAAUCUACAAGAUGUGGGAGAUGAAGGUGCUACGACGAAAAUCAACACCUUUUCGAUUGUGCUCGGAGUCAUGUAUCUGGUUGUCGCAGCUCUAGAGCUGUUUGCGCUCGUAGUUGCCGCUCUGGCGCGUCUGCAACUAGCGAAGCUCUUUGUCUUUUUGGCACCGUUGGGAGCCAUCAUCGCUACAGCUGCGGAAAUCCUGAAUACUGCGCUUCAUUAUGCCCUCAAAUCCGACCUGAUCAAGCAAUGUACCGAGGUUGAGACUGGCACUCGAGUCGCAAAUUACAAGGGUGAUGUCACCGAAUUGACAGAAGCCCAGGCCAAAGAUUGGUGCGAGCAAUCUUGGUCUCGAGGUAGUUGGAAGUGCUUCAUAUGGCUGUUCGCGAUCCUGUUCGUUUCGAUCCUAUGGUGCUCCAUCACGUUAGCGUUCUACAGGCAGCUUUUGGACCCUUCCUCCGUCGUUCAGCGCAGAUCCAGGACUCAAGAUGGACAGCAGGCAUACCCUCUGCAACCACAAGCACCUUACCAAGGCCACCCUGAUUAUCCCUUGACAUCCUAUGGCGGUGGCGACUAUGCCGGUGUGGGCUCUCAAGGAUACGUACCGCCGUACCCCGGGCCACCUCCUGCCGAUUCUCCUUAUGCACCCAAGAAUGGAGAUGGCGACGCCAAAGAGUUGGACGGUCGUGACAUGACGUACGAAGCUCAAGAACAAGCAUGGCAACAAGCUCAGCGCGAUGGACCGACAGCACGCAGUGGGGCGGCGAGUGAAUACAGCGCGCCUAAUGGGCCUCCUUCCCGGGACAGGGGAAGAAACGAAGAGGAAGACGACGCUUGGCGGCUGGCCACGGAACAAGGCCCGACUGCCCAUCUGACCGGCGAUACCAUCAGGCAAGGUGGCGCGAGAGUCUGAUUGGAUAUGGUGCGACGUGGCUAUUUUACUUAAGCGAUUCAUUCCGAACGCUAUAUUCAUUGCGAGAGCGCUGGAUCUAGUGCUUGUAUAUCAUACCAUCAAACCAGUAUUAUACCGACGCAGAGAUACAGUCAUCUUAUACAUGUUCUCGGACGAUCAGACAAUGAUACCCUGCUCAGUCCCCAUGUACCUCGCUCGCAGCGGUCGAUCUGCUAAUCCUUUCGCGACUACAGUCACGCAGUCGUUCGGGAAG